AUGGCUGAAGAAGACCACACAUUUGAAACUGCUGACGCUGGUGCUGCUUUGACCUUUCCAAUGCAAUGUUCAGCAUUGAGAAAAAACGGUCACGUUGUCAUUAAAGGAAGACCAUGUAAGAUUGUUGAUAUGUCAACUUCCAAAACCGGUAAGCACGGUCACGCCAAGGUUCACUUGGUUGCAAUUGAUAUAUUCACUGGUAAGAAAUUGGAAGAUUUAUCACCAUCUACCCACAAUAUGGAAGUUCCUAAUGUCAGAAGACAAGAGUUUCAAUUGUUGGAUAUCGAUGAUGGUUUCUUGUCAUUGAUGACCCCAGAAGGUGACACCAAGGAUGAUGUCAAAGUUCCUGAGGGUGAAUUGGGUGAGAAAAUUCAAAGUGAAUUUGAUGAAGGUAAAGAUUUGAUUAUCUCCAUCAUUUCCGCUAUGGGUGAAGAAGCUGCUAUUUCUUACAAAGAUGCUCCAAAGCAAUAA